GCGCCAUGCGGGGUAAUUCCGGCGCUGACUUUAAGUGCUUCAGCCAGGCUCAGGCCAUCGGGCUGAAGGGGACGUUCCGAGCAUUCCUGUCUUCCAAACUCCAGGACAUCCACAGCAUCGUCCACAGGGACGACAGGGAAAACGUGCCAAUAGUGAACCUGAAGGAUGAGGUUCUGUUUGAUAACUGGAACGCCAUCUUCAGCGAUGGCAGGAUGAAGGACAACGUUUCUAUCUACUCCUUCAAUGGAAAAGACGUUGUCAGAGACGAUACCUGGCCGGAGAAGAUGGUGUGGCACGGGUCGACCAAUGGAGGUCAGCGACACCUCGACAGCUUCUGCGAGUCGUGGCGCGUGAGCGAUCGGGCGGUGACGGGCAUGGCCACGUCGCUGAAGAGCGGCAGCCUGACGCAGCAGACCUCCAGCAGCUGCUCUAGCUCCUACGUGGUGCUGUGUGUGGAGAACAGCUACAUCGGCCACGCUUAAACACACACACACACACACACGCACACACACACACACACACACACACACACACACACACACACACACACACACACACACUGAUCCGUCUUUACAGGCUAUUUGUAAAUAUGAUUGUUAAAGAUUUUGACUAUGUUGACCCCUCCUACAUGGUGCUACACAGAAUCAAUCCACAUGUUGAAGUUUUAGUCUCAAAAGCAAAGUAGACACACCGUAAUCGCCUGAUCUUCCAUUAAAUCUUGUUUACAGGCGCCACCAUUUUGUACUUUUGUCUGCACUCUGUGGGUCCGAAAGUCCCGCCUACCCACGCUCACCCCUCCUUAUUGAAUAGUUAAUUAUAGCUACCUAAGGAAUGUCUGAAAACACAGAGCAACAAGGUAAGAACAAUGUGAAUCAACAGAAUCUGAAACUUGGAAAAAGUCUGAUCCCAUGGAGGGGGCGAGGCUUAAACGUACGACUUUGAACUGUGGCUUCACUCCAAGCAGUAUUUGUGCUACUGGAUGUAACAUUCAGAUUUUAUUUCUGAACUUAUAAAGUGUGAGUUGUUUUUAUUAACGUGUGUUUUCACUCCUUUACACAGUUGACUGUAACAUCACGAGGAUCAUCCUUUACAAGAGAGGAUGUUUUUACCGAUAACAAAGUGAUAUUUAUUUUUAUAAACUGCUUUUUUUUUUACUCUGACUGUAACGUGUGAUGUGAGUGCCUUCACAGGUAGGAGUUUGUGCACACAGCAAGUAUAAAUAAAUGUAUGUACAGAAAUCUGACAAGGAUUUAGCCAUUAAAUGUGUUGAUCAGGUUUAUCUCGUUACUUCUGCUGUAGCUGGUCUGUAUGAUGGCAGCAGGUUGGAAUGUGGGUAAAUAAACCUGUUGGAAACA